AAUUAAUGGAAUGAAUAUUUGCAGAGGAACUUGACAGUUUUGAUGAUCCUCCUUCGAGAUUCCUUUCAUCAUUAAAGGAUACAUUAGAUGAAUUUGAACAGAUUAGUAGUAGUGAGCUUGCUGAAGUGAAUUCUGAAUGGGAUGAGGAGAGCAGUGAUGAACAGCUCAUGGAAUCAGUGGAGUCUGCAGCACAACGCAUGAAAGACUUGCUCUCUAGCCUACAGGAACAAAAUCACAGCCUCCUCCUGUUGUCUCCUCUCUUGCAAUCAUUCACUUCAACAUCUGGGUCUCGUACUGGAAGUUCCCCAUUUGAUACUGACAGCAAAGAGAGUGCCACAGGGCCAUCUAGAAAUGGCACCUUAAACCAGCGAGACCGUGACCUCUCCACUCUGACAGUGACCCCUUCCACACACUCUCAGAGUGCCACUCAGACUGGAGAUGAAACAACAUCUGAUGAGGAUGGAACAUGUCAGAGUCGGUUAGCAACAUGUGGGUCUGUACUUAAUCCAACCUUCAUCUCUUCAGGAGGAAUGAACACGAGUCAGACAACAGAUGACAGUGGAGGGGACAACAACAUUUUGGUGGAUGCAGCCACUCCAACAGCUGAUCGGCCCCAAAGUCCAUUUGACUGGAGACAAGUCCAGGUGAGUGACGACGAAGGCCGAGAAAAUGACAUGUUACAGCCAGACACACGCACAGUCAGCACAUCACCAGACCCGACUUUAGAGGAUGAAGAGGAACGCAUCUGUCCAAUGUGCAAUGCAGUGUUUCCUCGGGUGAUACCACAAGAAUCAUUUGAAUCUCAUGUUGUAAGUCAUUUUGAAGUUGAAAAUGGAUUUGAAGUAAUUGCCUAGUGAAAAGAAUGUUGUGCUAUCAAAGGAUAUGGCUGUGUAGCUCAUGAUUUUGACUGCUAAAAAUUAAGGCUUCAAGUUUGUCUGCCUUAUUCUAAUUGUAUUUUGAUAAAAAUCCUUGAGAUUUAAAUUAAGAAGUGGGUUAAUGUCACAAAAUCUUCAUUUGAGAAACAAUCUAAAGUAAAAGGUUGAUUUCUUUAUUGGCUAAUAUAAUAUAUCCUCUGUGAUAACACCUUGCAAGGUAGCCUUUAUAAGUUACUUAAGGAAAUAUUUGAUAUGAGGAUAAGGGUAAGAGUGAUAUUUGUAUACAAAAGUAUGUAUGAUUAGGUCUUGAUCAUGUAAUUUCCAGUUUGUUGCAAUUUUCAGUACAUUAUGUUUAAGGAUAUAGAUGUACCACAGUUUUAUUAGCAGUUAAGUCCAUUACCAUUUUUAUUUAUUUAUUUUUAUUUUUUUUUAUCUUUUUUUAAUUUUUCAAAAAAGUGGACUUCUUUUUGGAAGUUAGAGAGGAAAAAGAAGUAAAAAAAAAAAAAACUCUUGACUGAUCAGUCCCAAAUGUUAGUGGUACUAUGUUAACUGGCUUGGCCAAGUUUUGCUAAGUGCAUGGUUGGGUGACUGGAGUCAGGAUGUGUGUACUCUACUCCAAUAGGCACCUCUACCCCACACUCCUCAGUUAUCCUGGAUAGGCCUAACCUCUUUGGUGCACUUUUAAAUUGUCAUGCCUGUAGAAUAUGAAAAUGUCCUCAGAUUUGAACUGGAAUCUGGGAGAUUGAUGCUUUAAACCACCUUCAAGUCUAUGGUGAGGUUAGGACCUCAGUUGGAAUUACACAUAGGGUGCUAAGCAUAGACGCAUGAGGGUAAUCUACCCAUUCUUGUUGCAAGUGACAGAAAAGAUUGCAAAUGAAAGGAUUAGAGCUAACUCUUAUUUUCAUUAUCUUUUUAUGGACAUCCUAUUCAAACCAUUGCUGAUGGAGAUGUCAUAUAUGUACAUGCCAAGUCCACUGUGAUUUUAGUUUAUUAAUUGUGUUUACAUAUAGAUGGCUCCAUUAGUUCUAGCUAACUCACUCUUUUUCUUGAUUUUUGGAAAGUUUAGUGUAUUAUUUAUGUUAAUAACAUUAUGACCAUCAAAAUUUCAGUGCUAAAGAUAGCUAUUGAUAUUAAUAUAUCACAUAGGCGUACUGAUUGACUCCUUGGUGGCUGAGCACUUGUGGAGCCAGCUGUAUGUGAAGACAAUUCACAAAAUAAAACUACAGUGGGCAUUACAUGGUCCCAGUGGCAAUGGGUUGAAGACAAAAAUUUAAAAUUGAAUUCCCUCCAGAUUUACAUUACUUAACAUUGGGUGUAUGACUCACUUGAAUGAAAGGAAAAAUGGCCAAUAUGAAACUUUGAGAAGGAAUAUUAGUGGUAUAGUUUUAUAAAUGCUUUCAUUGUACAUUUGAUAAUUUCCUUUUCAUUGUUAAUAUUCGUGGAGUAUAUGUUAAUGUUUAAUGAUGAUGAAUAUGCUUAUCAGUGUUUAUCAAUGGAAAUAAGAUUUUAUAUAAACCCCAAAGUAAAUGUGAGUUGCAUAAAAAAUUGAAACAUAAUAUGUUCAGUUUGAACCAAAAGCAGCAUGCUGGAAUUUGAAAGCAGAGAAAAAAUAUCUGUGAUGGUAGAUGCUUUUAAUAUUAAUAUUAUGAAUUAGACUUAGUUCAUUAUCUGUAAAUUUUUAUGUUUGAGAGAAUCUAAUAUUAACUUGUGUUUGGAAUAUAAGUGUUUACAAACACGUGGUAUUAAGAAAGGCAUCUUUAAAUAUUUCAAGUGCCUUAUAUUUUUAUGAUUUUUUGAGAACCAAAGAACAUGGUUGUAUAUUAAUGUGAUAGAAUUAAUGAAUACUUAAAUAAUGGGAGUUAACAGUAACAACUAUGCAAUAAUGACAAUUCUUUGUUAGUUAUUAUAGAAUUACACAUGCAUUUUGUAUUUAUGUAUAAAUCAUACACAUUCACAAAGACACUUUCCUCCUUUUUCUUCUCGAUGCAAACUUUGAUUCAGAAUCUCUAAAAAGGAAAAUAAGGAAAACUUUUAUUACCAAAGGAUUUUUUUAUAACUAUUAAUGUGAGCAGUUUGAUUAAGUUUCCUAGGAUUACUAUAGUAACGAUUUCAUAAAAUUAUCAACUUUGUCUUUUCUGAACAGUGUAUUAAAAUUGUUUCAUGAUGAAAUUAAUCACAUUUUGUUUGUGAUAUUAAAUAUUUUUUUUGCUGAAAAUACAACUAGAUUAAUGGAUUUCUGACCUUCUGUCAUCAUGAAAGUAUGAUAUUCCCCUAUCAGAAACAGUAAAGAAGAAGCAGCCCUUUGAGAGUUGGAUUUGUGAAUUUUGACCUUAUUCCUUUGCCAAAUAUAACAAGUUACCUUUAUAACCAUGUUCUGAUAUUCAGCUGGGUCCCAUGAUCAGUCUUGCUUGGAGCUGGUACAAAUUUGUAAGCAGUGAAAAGUAAGUUAUUGUUGAAAUUUAUUGUACUUUGAAGAAAUGAAAUCUUGCUUACAGCUGUUGCAAAUCUUCAGGCAGAGAGAUGUUUGUUAUGAGUACUAUUUUUCUUUUGUUUUAUGUAUUUCAAAGGAUUCAUGGUUUUCAGUAUAAGAUAUUGAUUUGUAAUUGUACUCAUGAGAAAGGGGAUUUGUUAUUAGAUGUAGUAAAAGAAAAUUUUAUCGUGUCAUGUUCAUUUUUAAGUGUUCUUGUUCUCUAGUUCUGUAUCGUAAUCUUAUAAAAACACAGACUUUUUUGUACAAUAUCUGAAAAGAUGAUAACAGUUAGUGUCACAUUAGCACUUCCUUAUUUGAAUUCCUGUUAUUGGUACAAAUGCAACAGUGGACCAGCCAUUGUCAUCUCAUAUGAAAUGAGGGAAUGGUAGAUACCUCAACAACCAUGUGGUGAUUUUACUAGCCACCUGAUUUCUUUUUUGUAAGUGUUUGUUCUCUUCAUCUGAGAAUUUUUCAUAGUAAGCAAACUAAACCCUACAUGAUGGUACCAGAAAUCUUAUGGCAUCACUGAUUCCAGGGACUUCUGGUAACUGUCCAGCCAUUAGGCCCCUGAGUCUGCUAUGUGUAGCAGAACUUCCCACAUGACUCACUCUAGCAUGUUGUGACACCUAUAGCCUUACCCAUCAUGAUGAGUUUGUUUUUCAUGAUGGCUAUAGGUGUGCCCGGCAGUAAGAGGUUAACAAGAAGUGCUAGUGGUACAUUAACAUUUGCUUACUCAUAAUACAUUCUGGUUUAAUCAGUAACCACAUUCUAUCCCAAUAGAAUAGGCAUUAAACAACUUAAGUCUUCAGUUUCCCUGCUCCUGGGAAUAUCAUAGUCUUCAAGAUAUUCUAUCAUGCCUUCUUCCUCAAUGUGUAUCUCAUUAUAGCAAGAGGUAUUCAUUUCUCUGCUUUAAAAUUGCUGUAUAAGUGAAUAAACUGGGUUAUAGUGGCAAGUUCACUGUUCUCAGUAUUCGAAAGUAUAUGUAUUUAUCCUUUGAUAGGUUGACAUAUUACUGAUGUAAAUGAUAAUUACUUAAAUUUGUAAGACUAUGCAACAGAAUACUACAGGUAUGAUAUAUUGUAAUGUGGGUUGCUAUGUAAGGUGUGGACAGUAUUCUGUCUGAGGAAAGAAAGGAUGAGAUAAAUGAAUUCAUAUCCUGUAAAAAAAUCAUUUGGAUGCUAUUGCUUACUUGAACAUAUUAGAGUAUGUUACAUUUACAGUUAUUUUUGUUGAAUAUUAUUGUGAUUAUUAGAAGUAUUAUUUUCUUUGAUGUAAGUAAAACACAAAGUUACAAGAUAUAUAAUUAGUUUCCCACUUGUAUAGAUGUACAUAUUUCUACUUUAUUCCAAGUGGAUUAAAUAUAAAGUAUAUAUAUCCAUAUUAAUAAUUAUUGCAAUUUACAUAUUUCUUGAUAUUUGUUAUAAAGUUUAUGUUAUUGAGGACAUUCAUCGUAGUAUUGAAAUAUACAAAUGUUGUGAAGAAACUGUUAUUUUUUAUGUAUAAAGUGUGAGUAACAUUGUAAAAUAUACAUUGUUUACAGUA